AUGCAUUGCGCCCAUCUUUAUAAUCUCCUUGGCCUAAAGGGCACUUGGAUGGACAUGAAGGUUGCCACCUUUCUGCUUGGCGAGUCCAGCUUCUGGGUUGGAGAGGGUCGGCCCAAGACGAUUGAUGAUUGCUUUGAAAAGUUUUAUCUUCAGAACGGCAACACGGCUGCCGCCUUCGCACCGAAUCGCCGAGGAAACCGUACCACUGUUUCUCGAGCACGCGUACGGAUCAUCGAGCCUGCCAUGCCAGUCUCGACCAUCUUCGCCAAGAGCCAGAUUGGCAUUGCAACCGAAAUAGCCUGGACGCUUGAGCUGGUCGAGGAUAUUAUUGGAGGCCACAUCCAACGAGAAGUGCAUAUCCAUGAGCGACUUCGACAGCAAAAGGCCAAGAACAAAGCUUCUGGAAGAGACACAAACGUUGAGCUUGUUGCCCCCGAGAAGCUCAUCAGAGCGCUUCUUCUAACCAUCGCUACUGAAUCCCUCGAGAUGACAUUCCCUUACUUUCUGUUGCAUCGUCAGUGCUGGAAGGUGAUGCGAGCACUCAGGGACGUCUGCGAGCCUAUUCUGAGAGACCAGCCCUACGCAUAUAUGAGUUUGACCAGGGAUGUCGACGUGCCCGGGGUGAUUUGGUGCAUUUUCAACGCCGUGUAUGAACCCGACAAGAAUGGACGUAGGAUAGAGCCUGACUUGAGAGUUCUGGGUGUCGCACGCGCCACUUGCGAGGAGCUUCUUCGUGGUGAUGAGGGUCGGAAAGCCUUUGAUCUUCUUUGCCGGUUCAAGCAUAUUCAUAUCAAAACCAAGAAUGGCAAAGAGCAAGAUGAGAAUGUAGCUUGGAUAUUAGGGUAA